ACUUGGUGCAGAGGGAACCCUUUUUUUGUUUCAAGAUGUCUUCAUAUUUAAUAUCAGUGUUCACGAGCUGUUUUGCAGUAUAGUCGUAUCAGGCGUGUGGUAAUGACAGAGUCGUGGAGGGGACUCGGCGUGCGUUCGGUGUCACAGAAGCAGCGCCGGCCCUCUUCUCCCCUCUGACGCGCUGACUCGGCUUCCUGUUCGGGCUGUCAGUCUGUCAGAGCGCCAUCCACAACAUGGCCAUACGCAGGAAGGACAGCUUCCUCUGGGGGAAAGCUCCACCGAAACCCCCCCCAGGAGGGAAGACACAGGGUCACACCAUGGAGAUUCACGGGUUUGAGCUGCUGGAUGACAUUCAGAAGCUGAGGUUGGAGAUCGAUGACGUCACGGCAGAAGUCCAAAGCCCCGAGCUGAAGGCGCAGAGUAAAAACGUGAAGAACCGGAGAUUCAUCCGUGGGAAAAAGAAAUUCAACAUGGACCCCAAUAAGGGUGUCCUCUACCUGGUGGACAGCGAGCUGCUGGAGUGGCGAGCCGAGUCGCUGGCCGAGUUCCUUUACAAAGAGGACGGACUCAACAAGACCGCCAUCGGUAACUUUCUGGGAGAAAGGGAGGAAAUGCACCUGCAGACCCUCAAAGCGUUUGUGCGUCUGCACGAAUUCUCCGACCUGAAUCUGGUGCAAGCGCUGAGGCAGUUUCUGUGGAGCUUCCGUCUCCCGGGAGAAGCGCAGAAGAUUGACAGGAUGAUGGAGGCGUUCGCGACCCGCUACUGCGACUGUAACCCGGGGGUCUUCCAGUCCACAGACACAUGCUACAUCCUGUCUUUUGCCAUCAUCAUGCUCAACACGAGUCUCCACAACCCCAACGUGAAGGACAAACCCGGCCUGCAGAGGUUCGUGACCAUGAACCGAGGGAUCAACAACGGGAAGGACCUCCCCACCGAGCUGCUGACGAAACUGUACGCGAGCAUCCGCAGCGAGCCGUUCAAAAUCCCGGUGGACGACGGGAACGACCUCACGCUGACCUUCUUCAACCCGGACCGGGAGGGCUGGCUCCUGAAGAUGGGUGGUCGAGUGAAAACCUGGAAGAGGAGGUGGUUCAUUUUGACGGACAGCUGCUUGUACUACUUUGAAUACACGACGGACAAGGACCCCAUCGGGAUCAUCCCCCUGGAGAACCUUUGUGUCGGGAAGCUGUGCGACUCCAGCAAACCGUACUGCCUGGAGCUGUAUAACCCCAAAGGACAGAAGAUCAAGGCCUGCAAGACGGAGAACAAAGGGCGGGUGGUGCAGGGCAAACAUCAGUCCUACAAGCUGAGCGCCGCCGGCUCGGAGGAGCGGGACAACUGGAUCGACGCCAUCAGGGCGAGUAUCACCAAAGACCCGUUUUAUGACCUGGUGUCCCUACGCAAGAGGAAAGUCAUCAGCAACACUUCCUCGUAGUGUUUGGAUCCGGGACGCCAAGUUUUAUGGAUUUUAUAUUCACAAAGAACACUGAAAGACACAGAGACACAGGGAGGGUCAAAUGAUCCUUUAAAUGUCCACAAAGAGACACAGAAGGAGUCAAAUGAUCCUUUAAAUGUCCACAGAGACACAGAAGGAGUCAAAUGAUCCUUUAAAUGUCCACAAAUAAUUGCGACAGAAUGAAAAUGAAACUCAAAACUAAAACAAGUUCAUUUAAAAUGAAAAUAAACUAAAAGCAGAAGGAUUCAUUUCACUUGAAGUGAUUCUGUGUCUCUUUCGGUCGGGGGGGGGGG